GGCCGCCUGCGCAGUGCAGAGCCCACGCGCGCCGACCCGCGCCAUGCCCCCCGCAGACACCGCUGAUGGGGCGCCGCCCGUAGAGCCCGGCGACGAGCAGCCCAAGGAGGCGCCAGCCGAGCCGCCGGCAGAGGCCACCACGCCCGAUCAGGGGGCCGGCGAGCGAAGCCCACCUCAGGGUGGUGAUGCCGCAGCCGAGCCGGCGCCACCUGCUGGAGGAGAGGACGCUGGCGCCAAGGCGGAGGGUGCCGAGCCAGCGCCGGCAGAGGGCGGCGCGCCGGUGCCGGCGGCCGUCAAGGGCAAGGAGGAGGAUCGCAAGCGUUCGCGCUCCCGCGACCGCAAGCGCCGCAGCCGGUCGCGCAGCCGUGAGAAGCGUCGCCACCGCAGCCGCAGCCGGGAGAGGCGGCGCAGCCGGUCGCGUAGCCGCGACCGCCGGCGGAGGCGCUCGCGCAGCCGCUCGGGCGACCGGCGGCGCAGCCCUCGGCGGGAGAAGGUGGUGGUGGAGCGGGCGCCUGUGUACGAGAUUGAGCGGGUCAAGCCUGGGGACCGCGCCCCGGUGGUGCCCAUCAUGCCAACCAUGCCUCCCAUGAUGGCAGGCAAGCCCCAGCCCCAGCCCCAGCACAGCAUUCCGUCGCAGUGCCGGUUUGGCGGCCUGCCCAACAUGCCCAACAUGCCCGGCUCGAUGCCCAGCAUGCCCAACAUGCCUCAGAUGCCGGCCAUGCCCACCAUGCCCACCAUGCCCACCAUGCCCGUGCAGCCGCAGAUGGGCCAGCUCAACCAGAUGACGCGCCCCAUGCGCCGCCUGUACGUGGGCGGCCUGCCCCAGCCCUGCUACGACUUCAUGCUCACCACCUUCCUCAACCAGGCGCUCAUGGCGCUGGGCAUAUGCCAGGUGGCGGGCAAGGCGCCCAUCAUCGCCUGCCAGGUCACCCCCGAGCGCAACUUCGCCUUCAUCGAGUUCGGCGACACCAGCGACGCCACGGCGGCGCUGCAGCUGGACGGCAUCCCCUUCCGCGGCAACACGCUCAAGAUCAAGCGCCCCAAGGACUACACGCCGCCCUUCGGGGCCCCCCCCGACCCCACCCCUCUGGGCCCCCUCAUCAUGGCCCAGCUGCUGGCCAACAACAGCAUCAGCGACGGCACGCCCGCGGGCGUGGCGGCGGCGCCCGCGGUGCAGCUGCCACCCGGCGGCCUGCCGCUGCCCGGCGCCGGCUUCCCGGGUGCCGCCGCUGCGUACGGCAUGCCGCCGGGCAUGUAG